AUGCAAGAAGAUUAUUCAGACUAUUCGGAUUUGGAGAUUGUUCCAUUAGAUCCAAAUGUGAUUUAUGAAACAUCCGACGAUGAUGAUGACUCGGAAAUGGAGUAUGAAGACACUGUUGUAUUCCAUAAUGAUAAUAAGAACAAAAUGUAUAGUGUUGGAGAUAAGACGAGUGAUUUUGAAACAAUGUUAAGUGAUCAGAAUGUCCAAGACGAAAUAAUGUAUAUUGAGAAUAAUCAGGAUGAAGAGACAUUAGUUGAUUUAAAAGAUGUUACCAUUGAAGAGGAACCAAUGCAAUUGAUUGAAACUGUUUGUGCAAAUGAGAUAGAGAAGCCUCGAAAGAAACUCAAUUUAGCUGAAUAUAAAAUUCGUCGUGCCAAUAAUCCACAGUCGUCAGUUGAGAAGUUUGAUAAGAAUGUCGUACUUGAAUUAUGUGAAAUUAUACCAGAUACGCUACCUAUAUUAGAAUUGCCAACAGAUCCAAGAAGUAUAAAGAAUUUGUUAGAAGGCAAUCCACAAAAGGACCAAGAAGACAGAGAUGAAAUGAAAUCAAAUGUUCAGGCACAAUCGACAGAUCCUUCAACUAUUCAUCCAGAUUAUGAAGAAAUUGUGUUAAUGUCAAUGGAGUGUCAAACGGAAAUAUCAAUCUCGCCACACGAAUUGGAUGAAGAUUGCGAGAAGAAAUCAUCAACUGGAUUCUUAACUAAUAUUGUCAAUAGCUUCCAACAUAGUAAUAAUGCUAAAACAAUCUUAAACUCAACAUCAACACUGCUUUCAAGUAUUAAUGCAGUUCUCAGUGAAAAACGAAAUAAUUUAUCGAACGAGAUAAAGACAAAGAGUGAUGGUAGUGAGAUUGGCGAGAAUAAAGUAAUUAUGCAUUUGAGAAAGGAUAGAAUUCGACCAUAUAGGAAUUGUGCAGCUAUUCAGACAGACAUUUCUCCACUCUUUCCACCACUCAUACUGUCACCAUCUCUUAUAUUUAAUCGUAUCAAAAAUUCACGAAACUUUCGCCGUCGAUCAACUAGUCGGAGUCAGAGUCGUAGUCGUUCUAGAAGUCGUAGUAUAAGUCCUGAACCUGAAUAUUACAAUAGUAAUAAUCGUCGUAAUAAUUACAAAUAUUCACGCUCUGUAAACUCAUCAUCAAUGAAUAGCAGCGAAAUGGAUUCAGAUAGUGAAAGUGAUACUUCUGCAUAUGGCUCAUGUCGUUCAUCCGAUCAUGAUUCAUUAAAACGCUUUGACAAUAGAUUUAAGCACGGUUACCAAAGACCAAAUUACAAUUUUCAGGAAGAACGCAAAAUUAUUUACGUAGGAGGAUUAUUCGAGGAAACUACAAAAGACGAAUUGCGUAGAAAGUUUUUGAAAUACGGAACCAUUAAGAAAAUUUCCCUACACACUAAGGAGGAUGGUUCAUUACGGUAUGGCUUUGUUACUUUCGCGGAAGCAUCUGCGGCAUUUGAUGUUUUAGAUAGAUAUUCAAAAGAUCCAGCUAUAAGCAGCUUCGAUUUACGUUUUGGAGGUCGCAGGAAAUUCUGUCGGCAAACAUAUGCUGAUUUGGAUUCACAGAAUCAAGAGAACGAAGUCGAAAUAUUUAGCAGCAACAGCACUAAUGGUAAAAAUAGUAAUAGCACAACAAGUAGCAGCAAAUCAAAAACGAGUGAAUUAAGUUUUGAAGAUCUAUUAAACAUGACCAAACGGAAGUUGUGCAAGAACAAUUAA